UCGGUGAGAAAUGUCGGUCCUUCGUCGGAGACACGAGGAGCCGCUGACUGAGCGCCUUCGUCAGUCUCGCGAAGAUAUUCCGGGAGUCAACAGGUGCGUAGGAGCAGGCCGCCUCUUUCUGCUCUUCUCAUUUCCUUCCUCGUCGUGCCCCUUUUUUUUCUUUAUUCGAACGCGACAUCGAUCGCGACCGUCCGCGAAUUUCGUUGCUCGCCCGCGUGUCACGCGGAUCUGAGAGGACCGGCCUCGCUCUGUGUCUACUACCCGUCUGCUCCGUCCCAUUUUUUCCCCGACCGCCCCGGUUUUUCUACUUGCACCCUUCCGCACCCUUGCGCGAUCAUUGGAUUCGUCGUGACCCGGGGAACAGCGUCGACCGAACACCAGGCCACAGGACACGGGAAAAUGGACAAGCCUAAGUUAUCGUUUCUCCUGUGCCUCUUCGGUCUGGCAGUGAUAGUCUCUGCCACGGCGGACGUACCAAAGCCCAGCUAUGCCCGGACGAUGUUGAAAGUGUCGAGGAGUCUUCCAGGGGAGACGGAGGAGCUAAAAGUGCGCACAAGCGAAGGCAGCGUGGCCACCCUGAUCGUGAAACGACGAGAAAAGACAGUUCCUGAAGAGCCGAAGCUCCGUGAACCGGCCAUCAAGCCUCUAGAAACGCAGAAGCCGAAUCUCGAAGCGAGGAACGCAAGCUCUGUCUCGCUAGAGACAUCGAGGUCCAGCAAGAACGAAACGAAGAACAAGGAAGAGGUGAGGAAGCUGGAGGUAGCUCAAAUCGAGCAGCUUAGGGCGAAGUUGUCGGAGUCGGACAACAAGAGAGUACCUCCGAGCACGGGGAACAGUUCCAAGGAAGGGAAGCCGCUGGUCUCUGAACGAGAGCAGGCGGUCAGCGAGAAAAACAUCGAUUAUGGCAACUGGACGCCAUUGGGAACCGACGGCCGAGCGGUGCGCAUAGAAGAGUCGACGACGGAAGAGUAUCAGAGCUGGAAGCCUCUUCCCAGCAGCCUGAAAAGCAACGCGGAAGAGAGGAAUAGCUACGCAAGGUUCGACUCAGCGUUUCCAACCAGCGGGCUGCUGCUGAUGAGACAUUUCCAAGACAGAGUCCAGAGGAAUUUGCCUAUGAACGAUCAGUCCGAUGAGACUACCCGGUACACGUUUCUACCUCAUCAGGUCCGACCGACCAGGACCAACCUAGGCGCGAACCUUUCGAAGAACAGGGACGCCAAGAACGUGCCGCCGGAGGUGAUCGUUCGGUCGGAGAUCAACGUGAAAACUUCGCAGAAGAGGAUGCCGAUGACCAUCGACAGGGACGGCACGCCUGUGAUCCACGGCAAGAGGGUGCCGGAUGAGCCCAUCGACAAGCUGCAGACCUGGCGCAAUGCUAGAGUGAUCAACAACAAGCUGAUACGCGAUGGCAUCGCUGCUGAUACCUUGGACCCUUCUACGAGCUUCUAUCAGACGGAGAAUGACCAGAAACAGGGGUUCGAGAGGUUCUUCAGGAAUGUUAAUAAAAGGUACGGCAAGGACAUUGACGAGGAUGGUAAGAACGUGUUCUUCGAAUGGGACCCGACGAACUACAAGAACGAGGCCCUGAAGGCGGAGGUGUACGAGCCGCGGAACGACAACUAUCGCGCGAGCGUUCACAAGAGGAUGCUGCACCCUGACGGGGUGGCCGUGUAUCCGGUCUCCCAACUGUACACCCCGGAGAGCCAGAAGAUCGCGCCGGUGGCGCUGAAGCCGGGCGCGCGGGCGCCGGUCCUUCAAUACGCUCACCCGGAGCUGGGCGUGCAGCCGGCCAAGAUCCUGAAGAACGAGAAGAAGCGUCCGGACAACUUCCCGGAGAAUCAGUACUCGUUCACGGAGCAACGGCAGAAGAAGAAGUACGUGUUGAACGACAAGAACAUCGUCGACAGCUACACGACGAAGAACUACUACCCGAACCAGCACUUCUACGGGCUGAAGAGGCCGAACGAGCCGCCGUUCUGGGUGAAGAUAUCCGAGAACCUGAGGAGCCAGUUCUCGAACGGGGUGGAGAAGAUGUCGCAGCUCACCCGGCCGGUCAUCGACCCCCUGGUGGAGGCUACGCACAAGAUCUCUCAGAACCUUGGCCUGUCCAAGGGCAAAGAAGCUCAGGAGAAGAUAGGCACCGUCGCUACCGGCAGCAGCAUUCUGAUCCCGGCGUUGGGCCUCGUGGCGUCGGGCGCUGCUCUGGGCAUCGGGGCGGUGGCAGUGGGUAGAUACCUUGAUGUCGACGUUCUGAAGCGGUCGAACGACGAGAUCGGGGCCGAGUUGGAUUACCAGAGGGCUCUGGACGCUGAUCAGCCGUUUCCAAGCAAGCUGGACCAGCCGAACAACGGGGACACCAUCGGGGAAACGGUUUACUUCCUGGAAAACGCUGCUCGGACCGAAGACGCCGGUCAGAGAGCCGGUGGUGUCGGGUCUUCGAGCAACGAGAACGGCGUCCUCGUGAUCCUCCAGGAGGAUCAGAAGAAGGAGAAGACAGAGACCGAGGCGAAGAACAGAAGAAGACGGAGCAUCGACUAUCUGGACGUCUUCCAGGCGAACGGGAACCUGAGGAACCUAGUGCGGAGCAAGCGUUUCCAGCGGAAAGGCGCGGACUCCAUCGGCGAGAUCGUGGAGAUCGAUCUGCCGGCUCGAGGCGGGAGCAUCGACGUGACCGAGCUGGUCAUCCCGAGGAAGACAGCUUCGAGUGAGAGCGCGGGGAAGCGUGAUAAGGAAGAUGCGUCGAUUCUGGUGGUCGAGGACGGCUCCACGCCGACGCAGCUUUUCAAGGAUCGGUUCGACGCCGAGGUUUCCUAUGGGAACGACAAGCUGUUGGGCGGGAACGACGUCGGCCGGAAACAGAGGAAUUCCGUGGACGGAAGGGACGAGAGGAGAAGGCGAAGGAGAAGCGUGGACAUCGACCAGGAACUGGAGGACGCUCUUCAGAAUCUGGAGAACGCGGAGGUGGCCGAAGUGGGCCACAUCGACGGUGACUGGACCAACACGCCUUGCGCGAAGAGGAUAUUCUGCGACGCGAUGAUCCAGAGAGACUCCGACGCGGUCAUCAUGAUGGAGAAGAAAAUGGCCGCGCUUCUGGGCCUAAUCCAGCCGGGGGCUGCCGUCCAGGUGUCCAGCCACUUCCAGGAGGUCAUGGAUGCGGUGCGGAGGCACGAUUGUUCCAGCUUUCUGUGUCCCCAGGCCAGGCCCGGCAACGUGUUCUUCUAAAUCCGUCGCCCCGGGGGCCGCGCACGAAACCGCCUCGAUCGUGGAAAGCGACGCUGAUAAAUCGUUCGCCGUUCGCGGUGAAAGCAGGCCCGGAUGGCGUUUUAUGAGAUCCCGAACGAAUUUGAUUCCCUUCGGCUGGCGGCUUCUUCCGCGUGAUCCGACCGGCGUCGACGUUGCAGACGUCCAAUUCGGAGCCCGUGCUGCUCGGAUUCCGUCGGAUCUUCGACAACUGGCAGAAGUCUUUACAACAGUAGGACACGGUGUUUCAGAAUGUGCGUUCUUCGAGAACCGAUGGACUGGAUGAUCGUUCUACGAGAUACUAACUCGAAUUAUUUAACAAAAUUCACCGUAGUUUUAGCUUUUUCUUUUUUUCUUUUUUAAUGAGAUCUUUCUGGCAUACAAACGAUUUUUUUCAUCGUCGUUUCAGUCUUUUUUUUAAUGCGAUUUUCUAUGAAUAUGUCUGUGAAAUUAAGCAUGGGAGAGUAUAGUACGAGUACUAAUCGUACGAGUUAGUGUCGCACGAUUUGCGAAAUUUUCUUUGCUGCUUUUCUCUAAAUGAAUAUACGGAAAUUUCGUUCACAUUUUACCUUAGCUCGUGAACACAAAUGAACGACUUGGGAAGAGGAGAUACGAUUAGUCGAGCCUUGCGGCUCGUUUUUAUAGUUGUCGUUGGCAAUUGUAGCUAUAA